AUGUCUCAAGAUCAUUCCAAAGCCUGGCGCAUCCGGAACACAGUUCAGGGAGCUUGCACUAAUGAAGGCAUCGAUCAAAACCUCUCACUCGAGGAAGUGCCCAAACCCAGCCCUAAGGAGGCCCAGAUUCUUGUCCGAAUCCACGCUGCCUCUCUCAACUACCGAGACCUCCUAAAAGCUGGCCAAACUCAAGGCGCCUUCGACAUCAAACUCGGACUCGGUGGGAAGAACAUUGAUGGAGUCUUGCAACAGUAUGCUGUGUUCGACGAGGAUGCGCUGGCCCCCUUACCCUCUCACUUGACAUUUGAGGAAGCUGCAGCUCUCAGCGGCCCAUACGUUUCGGCUUGGAACGCGCUGUUUGGAGGCCCACAGCAACUCAUAAAGGGAGACACCGUGGUGAUCCAGGGUACCGGUGGUAUCGCCGUGGCUGCCGGGGCUGAGCAUGCAAUCAACUACAAGAAUAACCCCACCUGGAGCAGAAAGAUUCUCACUUUGACCAACGGCCGUGGCGCUGACCAAGUCCUUGACGUUGUUGGCGCUUCGACCAUUGCAGAGUCUUUGCGUGCGCUGCGACAGGAUGGCCUAGUAUCAGCCAUUGGAUUCAUGUCUGCUCCCGAAAAACAUGAUCUAAUUCCGGAGUUUAUCUUUGGUGCCAAGACGAUUCGAGGCUUGAUGUAUGACAGCCUAGGCAUGCUCCAGGAUCUGAGUGCUUUUGUUGAGAAACACAAGAUCAAUCCAAUCAUUGCGAAAGCUUUCGAGUGGAACGAUGCCAAACUGGCCUAUAAAGCUAUGCUUGCUCAGGGCUUUGUUGGGAAGAUUGUGGUUAAGGUUGAGUAA